AUGGGCCCAGCUGAAUUCAAUAAGAACCUUAUGAGCCUCAAAUCUGAUCUAUCAUCGAUGCGUCUUUUACUCUUGGCCACUGGCCUUUUUGCGGCUAAUGUAGUUGUCGAAGCUGGAGUGUGCAAGCCUGCGCAAACAACUGCCUCUCACUCCGACGCUGUCUCAAGCAUUGAAUCAUCGGCUACUUCCGCUUCUGCCACCGUCAUUGAAACCACCAGUCUCUCCAUGACUGAGACUACCAGCGCCGAACCCACUGAAACCACGGCACCUGGUACUACGCUGGCCACGACAACCUCAGCUGAAGUUCUUUCUACCUCGGUCACUGAGGCACCAACGACCACAACAACCGAAGAAGCGUCGACUACCGUCUCGUCAUCUACAGCUCCCUACUUCACACCUGGUUCAGUCGUCGGUUCUGGACCAGUCGCUGGCCUUACUCUACAGGGAGUUGAUCAACGAUUUAUCCCUCUAUCCUUCCAACAAUCCGGUACCACCCAAACCUUAAUAUUCAGCCUUGCCAAUGGGAAACUCGCUACAGGCACCAACAACAACAACCUAUGCUUGGCCUACAAGGAUCAAGGUGUUCUUGCGCCUCUUGUUCUGUGCCCAUUCGAUAACUUCGAGAACGCUCCUUUGUCCUGCCAACAGUCAUCUGACGGCACACUUGCUUGCAGUGCUCCUGGUGGAUAUUGCAAUGCGGCAAGAACAUGCACACGACCUAACAAUGCCGUUCGAUUGUCUCAAUUCUAUGUCAAUGACGCCCAGGAAGGCUUCUUCGGCCCUGCAUCUGGGGACUUCGCUGGCUACACUGCACUCAACCUGGUACUGGCUCAAUAA